AUGUACAAUUAUAUUUCUCAAAACCGAUUGUGCUACAAAAAUACAAUGAUUAUGAAAAGAUUAUCUUUUUUAAAACAACCGCUCCUCGCUGCAGUCAAUGACCAUUUAAUUGAUUAUCCAACACCAGCAAACUUAAGUUAUUGGUGGGGAUUUGGCUCAACAGCAGGUAUCUGUUUAAUUCUUCAAAUUUUAACAGGAAUUUUUCUUGCGAUGCAUUAUACGCCACACAUUGAUUUAGCUUUCUUAAGUGUUGAACACAUCAUGAGAGAUGUUGAAGGUGGGUGGUUUUUACGUUACAUGCAUGCGAAUGGUGCAAGUAUGUUCUUUAUCGUCGUAUACCUCCAUUUAUUAAGAGGUCUUUAUUAUGGAAGUUACACUAGUCCAAGAGAACUUGUUUGGAUCGUUGGGGUUAUCAUUCUUCUUCUUAUGAUUCUUACAGCCUUUAUUGGAUACGUUUUACCAUGGGGACAAAUGUCUUUCUGGGGGGCCACCGUUAUUACAAGUCUUGCAAGUGCAAUUCCUGUCGUUGGGACAGAUAUUACACAUUGGUUGUGGGGUGGUUUUUCUGUAGAUAAUGCUACACUCAACAGAUUUUUUAGUCUACAUUAUCUUUUACCGUUUAUUAUUGCGGGUGCGAGUCUUGUACAUAUUGUUGCUUUGCAUCAAUAUGGUUCAAACAAUCCGUUGGGCUGUAGUGCAACCGUUGACAAAAUUCCUUUCUACCCGUAUCUUUUAUUAAAAGAUCUCGUUGGUUGGGUUGUAUUUGCUAUUUUUUUCUCGGGAUUUAUUUUUUUUGCGCCAAACCUUUUAGGACAUCCAGAUAAUUAUAUUCCAGCGAAUCCAAUGUCUACACCUGCGCAUAUUGUUCCAGAAUGGUAUUUCUUACCGGUUUAUGCUAUUUUAAGAAGUAUUCCGAAUAAACUUGGUGGUGUUCUUGCCAUUGGUCUUGUAUUUGUGUCUCUCCUCAUUUUACCAUUCAUCCAUACCUCACAAAUUAGAAGUUCAAGUUUCCGUCCAUUACAUAGAAAGUUAUUCUUUCUAUUAGUUGCAGAUUGUCUUCUAUUAGGGUGGAUUGGAUGUCAACCAGUAGAAGAUCCAUACGUACUCAUUGGGCAAAUUGCUUCCAUUUAUUUCUUCCUAUACUUCCUAGUCGCCAUGCCACUCCUAGGAAAAGUAGAACAAUUCCUACUACAAAAAUAA